AUGACCCUGGACCCAGACACUGCCAACCCCUUCCUCAUCCUGGCUGGUGACCAGCGAGGCGUGGGACGGGGGGACAAGUGGACUUCGCUGCCCAACAACCCCGAGCGGUUUGACACGGAGCCGUGCGUGCUGGGCAGCCUGGGAUUUGCCGCGGGGAGGCACUGCUGGGACGUGGAGGUGGCUGAGGGGGGAGACUGGUGGGCUGUGGGGGUGGCCCAGGAUUCUGUCAGGAGGAAGGGGGUCCUCAGUUUUACCCCCCAGGAGGGGAUCUGGGCCGUGGGGCAGUGGUUUGGACAAUACCAUGCUUUCACAGACCCUGACUGGACCCCCCUGCACCUUGCCUGCCUCCCCAGGGCCAUCCAGGUCUGCCUGGACAUCACAGACAGGCAGGUGGCAUUUGCUGACGCUGAAAACAAAGCUCCAAUCUUUACUUUCUGCCUGGCUUCAUGUCCUGGGGAGAGGCUACGCCCGUGGCUCUGGGUGGGGAUGGACUCAUGGCUCAAGCUGUGCCCCUGA